CAGAAAUCAUGGGCUCGAGUCAUGGAAACCAUGUGUUUUUCGGGCUUUUGUGCGUGAGUCUGGCCGGAAUUGGACUUGGUUCGAUUGUAUCUGUGGGGGAUUUCAACGAGGAUUUCUUCGUGACAUGGUCACCUAGCCAUGUGAACACUUCCGAAGACGGGCACGAGCGGAGCCUUAAGCUUGAUCUGGAAUCAGGCUCUGGUUUUGCUUCCAAUGAUAUGUUCCUGUUCGGGCAGAUCGACAUGCAGAUUAAACUGGUACCGGGCCACUCGGCAGGCACAGUGGUCGCCUUCUACCUAAGCUCUGAUCAACCUAAACGUGACGAAUUAGACUUUGAAUUCCUCGGCAAUGUAAGCGGACAGCCAUAUAUGCUACAGACGAACGUUUUUGCCGACGGAUCCGAUGACCGGGAGGAGAGGAUGUACCUAUGGUUUGAUCCAACAGAAGACUUCCAUACCUAUUCAGUCUUAUGGAACAUUCAUCAGAUUGUAUUUAUGGUAGAUUGGGUGCCUAUUAGAGUGUACAAAAACCAUGCAGACAAAGGUGUUGCAUUCCCCAGAUGGCAGCCAAUGAGCCUCAAGAUCAGCUUAUGGAAUGGGGAUAGCUGGGCCACACGAGGAGGGAAGGACAAGAUCGACUGGACCAUGGGCCCAUUCAUAGCAACAUUCAGGAACUAUAAGAUCGAUGCAUGUGUUUGGAGAGGGAAUGCAAGGUUCUGUAGGGGUGAAAGUACCAUAAACUGGUGGAAUAAGCCCAGGUACAGCUCCCUAACAUGGGCCCAAAGAAGGUUGUUCAAGUGGGCCAGGAAGUACUACCUCCUCUAUGAUUACUGCCUAGAUAAUCAGAGGUUCCAAAACAAUCUUCCAAAAGAAUGCUCCCUCCCAAAGUUCUGAUCAAAGGGAUGGGCCCCACCUGUAGAUGACCCGGCCGACAAACCGGGCUGGCCCGCUUGUGGGGCGGGUUGAAUGUGUGUACAUGGAAUGUAAAUAGUUGGCAAUUUUUUUUUUUAAAAAAAACCAUCCGUUUGCGCUUGGACCACCUAAUGAGUUGAGUGGCCUGUUUAUUGGGCCAGAUCAUCGACAAGGUGGGGUGUAUGAGUGCACGGAUUGGAAAUUCGCGUGUCGGGUUCGUGCAUGGCGCAUGAAGAGGUGGAUGUAGAAUUAGAAAAGCUCCCAUAUUGUAUUUGAUGUGAGAUGGAAUAAUUAUUUGGUUGUAAACCCUUUUUGAAAGGGAAGAAAAUGGCAUAGGUUUUCAAGGUUAAAGA